AUGGAUUCUAUAGACGAUUAUCAGAAGAAAAAGGAAGAAAGAAAAGUGCAGUUGUUUGGCAGUCCUAUUGCAACUUCAACAGUGAUGAAACAGAAGACAAACAGCCAUGCUAAGACGAGCAGCAUUUUCCCAAGCGCUAACAAAAUUGCAAAAAAGACUGAUCACUCUGCUAAGGUUGAAACUUCAGUCAAUUGCUCUACUGCCAAAAAUUCCACAAAGAAUGUUAGAAGAAGUUCUAAUAGAUUGAUGUCCCCUUUAGUUUUCAGAGCACAGGUCACAUCAACAAAAAAUAUGGAUCUUAAUUUUGCAAAAUCAACAUUAUCUAGUACAAAACUUACUUUUUCUAAACAAGCUACGAAAACAUCUACAAAAAAUAUUGACAAAACUAAAACAACAUGCUCUGAAUCAGCAGCUAGAAUGGCAAUUGUAAAUGAUGUAAAAUUUUCUGCUAAAAAAUUUCCAUCAACUGGUAACAAUACCACAUUAUCCUCUACAAAUGUACACCAACCUGCCAGAAAUAAAUUUGACUUGGCUGCCAGUCUAGAAAAGCCUUUAACCUGGGUUCCAUAUUCUGGCAAAGUUAAGCCACUGGCAACUCAUGAUGAAGAACCUGUGAAGUAUCUGAAAACGAAAGUUGUUGCUUCCCUGAGAGACAAGGAGUUGAAAGAAGUAAAAGUUAAAACGAGAUUGACUCCGGACAUGGAAAACAGUCCUAUUUUAGCCUGCAGUUGUGUAACACAGGACAGCAGACUUUUGUGGAAUCUUUUUCUGCAACCUCUACAAGAUUUUACUAAGGUCUGUUGUGUUGAGGUGAGUUGGUUGUUGGAGAGGUUUGGCACAUUUGGAGAUGUUGUUGAUGUUGUUUCAUUUGGAUUUGUGACUAUUGAGAUGGAUGCUACGGUCGGAAGUUAUGCAAGUGUCUGUUUCCUUUCAUUUUAUGAGGACGAUGGGUUUGCAUUAAGGUUUGGUGACAGGCAUGUUGAUUGGGAAAGUAUUGGGACAAGUUGUGAUGGUACAAAGGGCGGCUUUCUGUACAGUUUGAUUGGGUUUUGCAGUGCAAAAGAAGAUGUUGUGAUUAAUGUGUGGAUGAGUUUGCUUUGGUGGCCAACAUUCCCGCACCUCAUUGUGAUGAAUAUGGUAGAAGUAAAAAAAUUCAUUUUCAAAUUGUUGGCUCCGGAGUUGAAGGAAGUGAAAGAUUUCAUUUUAUUCUAUUUUACUUCAAUCGGGCUGACCGGCGUGUUGAAACAAAACAAUCUCAAAAGAAUCGACGUUUCCUAG